AUGACAGAAAUUUUGAAUACUUCCGAGGCUAUAUUUCGUGUAUUGAGGGAUUCAAAAAUUUCAUAUCCAGAAAAGGUUAUUAUUGCCACCCGUGUGUGGAAUUCGACUGAUAUAUGCUUUCUAAAUAAAGUAGGAUUCUUGUCAGAAUGGGUUUGUUCAACUUUGAUUAAAUCAACUGGAUUUUCUGAAGCCCGGCUUGGAGAAACCCCAUAUUUGAAUUUGAGUUAUUGGAAAUUGUUUAAAGAUGCAUUGGAAAAGACUAGUGAUUCUUCUAUACCAUCACCUUUAUAUAAAUUGCCUUUGAUUCCUAUAUUUUCCAGUGUAGUUGACUACAUAUCAUCAUUGGAGUCAAUAAAUAAUUAUGAUACUGAUGUUUUGAUAGAGAAUUUGCUGGAAACUGUUGAUGUCUGUUUUCAAAAACUUUCAACAAAAAAGUCUACCACCUUCAGGCCGCCAAUAGAUCAAAUAGUUACAUUAACUUUAAACGCCUGUAAUCUCAUCAUGACCAUAAAUACCUCUUAUGACAAUUAUGAAAUGAACAUUGAGUAUAAACAAUCUAAAAUCGUUUUUUUACGAUUUGAGCUAUUUUCAAAAGUCAUUUCAUUUUUAGAAAGCAGUCUGGUAAAAAGUUCAAAUCCAAAAAAGGCAUAUAACGUGCUUAACGGAAAAAUGUUUAAUAAACUUCUUCAUGUUCGUUCCUUUGUAUUUCAUCUCCAAUCAUCAGGGCAACAAGAAGAUAGUGACUAUAUCAUAUUUAGUAAAAUUAUAAAGUCAAUCGAUAACAUUUUUAGACAUGGACUUUUCCAACAAGAUCAUAUAAUAGAAUAUGCUACUCUACCUGAGUCAAAUAAAGAUGUGUCUGACAAAAGGAAUGAUGGAAAAGGCUUAAUUAAUCAUCAUGAUCAGUUAUUUGAUAAAUGCCGUGAGAUUAUAAAUUCUAAUGAUGAUAAAAAGCGUUAUCAACUAAGUGGUGUUUCUUUAAUAACUUGUCCCAAAAUAUUAGUUUUGGAAGUUAUUCCUUAUUGGUAUGGAUAUUUUGUUGAAGAAUUACGCAAACACUUAGAAUAUACUCUUGGUGCUGCCCAAAGUGAAUCAGUUAAAGCUGCCAUAGAUAAGAGAAGAACAUUAGAAUUCAAUUUUUUUUCAGAAUCAUGGACGUUGAUUUCUGAAGAUUUGUCAAAGUUAAAAGAUCUGAAUCACUUAAAGCUAGUGUUUUCAUUACACGUAGAUUUAUUGUCAAAAGUUUCUCAAUAUAAUGUAUAUCAAAUUAAGAGUGAUGAGAUAUCUUCUCGGCAAUUGGAAUUUUUGCAAAAAGUUGCCGAUUUUUUAAUUUUUGAGGCAAAUAACAUACAAGGCAGUUUGAUGCUUCAGCAACCCUAUACUGAGUCAUGCUUGACCCUGGGAAAAACUUUGUUAGCCACAUACUCUAAAUCUCACGAAAUGGAUUUUUAUAUCAAAAGUUUUUGGUCUGCUCUUAAUGACAUUCCAGAUGAUGCUAAUAUAAUCUUGAAAAAUCCAUUGUUUUCUAGAGAGCAUUUGGAUGAAUUCGCGAAUAAAAUUACCAAUUACAUGACAAUGACUCAAGCAUGUGAACUUAUCAAUUUAUUUACUACUGAACUAUGUGAAACAUAUUUGUCUAAUUUUCUUGAUCAGAAAACUGAUAUGAAAACACAAAACAAAAGGAGGAAACUAGAGGACAAAGGUGUUACUCCUUUACCAAAAACGAAUCAACUAGAACCGCGAAUCAUCUUUAUCAUUCGAUUUUUGCGGGCCUUAAGAAUUACAUCAGUUUCUAGGGAUGAGAUAGAAAAAACAUUCCAAUCACUAUUUGAUUUGUUCAUUUUUCCUGUACUAUCUACCAAACUUAAUGACAAGAAUGAAUAUAAUAGAGAUAUUAUGAUAUAUGCUGCACUUAACUUACAUUAUUGUUUGGUAGAUAUAUCACCUUUGUAUUGGGAAAAAACAGUGACACCGGAAUUUACUUCAGUUCUGGAUGGCGUUUCAUCAAUUGACCCAAAAGUGAAUCUUUUUUUGAAUAUGGUUCGACUUCAAUAUGUAUAUCGUUCAAUACCCACAAUUAAACUUCAAAAUACUACAAGUGAAGAACUAAAAAAUGAUGCUGACAGAAUUCAUAAAUAUAUAUCUAUUGUUCUUUCUACUCUCGAUUAUCCUAAAAACGCUGAAAUCUCGUGGACAGGGUAUUUGGUUGAUAUGACAAAAGAAAACUUUGCAAUCUCGAAUUCUAUGCUUAUUAUUAGAGAGUGGUUGGAUGUUGUGGUUAAUAAUUGUCAAAUACAAGAGCUUGAAUCAAUAAUGAGAUUUAUAGUUAAAGGAUUUGUUACAUAUUCUAUGGGCAUAAAUAAUGGUGAAAUAUCUAUGGAAAAUAUAUACAUUCAGGUUUUGCAUUCUGCAGAAUUUUUUGAGCUAAAGCCUUUGAGAGAUAUUUUUCUAAAAGUUUAUUUAGAAGAAUUAUCAUCAGUUUUCAAAAAAGUAUGUGAUGAAAAUAUGAUAGAAUCUGAUGAUGAUAGCAAGGAAAUGGACAUGAUUAUUGAAAUUGUAUCAAAGUGGCAUCAACAGACCUCAUCAGUGAUGCUAGAUUCUAUAUUUCUCUGUUUUUCAUCUUCAUCAAAUAAACAGUCAUGGUCCAACAAUUUUUUAACAGAUGAAAGCAUUCAAAAAAUACAUCGUCUUGUCACACUACUCCACUUAUUUCCCUUAGAAUAUUUUGAUAGAUGGGAAGUUAAUUGUCUAUCUGCAUUAAUAUUGCUAGUAGAUAAAGUGAUACUUUUGUCACAAAGUCAACAAAGUGAUAUAACUAUGAAUCUUUUGAAAAGUGCUAUUCUUUGUAGAGGUUUAAUACGUAAAUUUUUUCUUGCAACAACUAAACAAGAUGAUUUACUGAGGAAAAACCAAUCAUAUGUUAUGUGGUGGAUAUCAUCCAUAUAUACCUGUAAAAAUCAUAUAAAAACAACUAGUGAAUUUCAACAGGAAGGUAUAGACAAGCAAUUUAUCAAUUUGGUGCAGAUAACCAAUGAAACUAUAAUAAUUAUGACAAGUCACAUGUUUGCUAGAUAUCGAGAAAAUGAAAAUUUUAAAAUUGUUGAUUACUUGAACAUUAUUAUUUCCACAUAUUCUGUUCACUUGGAUCGUUCCUUUGACCAGGAAUACCUGAUUUUUGACUUGGUGACAAGUGAUAUUUGGAAAUUUAUUUCUGAUUUUUUAAAACUUGGGAUAGAGUUUUCUGAAUCUCGCAAAUCUAUACAUGUAACGCGUGACCAGGGGAUACAUGAAGCGUUUGGGACGUUACAACAAAAAGUUGAGAAGAGUUCAUUAAAAUUCAUUACAUUUUAUUUAGAUGAAUCGUUGCAGAAGCUUCAAAAAGUUGAUAAUUUUAUGGGAAUUCAAGUUAUUCUAAGACAAAUCACUUAUUUAGAAGAAGUGCUGAAAGCAUAUUUGAUGUCGCUAAAGUAUUAUAAUUUGAACUCUAUUCAACAACAAAAUGUGAAUGCCCAGGCAUCAAUCAACACCGUGUGCCAAGACAAAUCACUUUAUGAUAAAGAAACGAUGAAAAAAUGCGAGACAAUCAUGUUAAUUGUGAUGGAUUUUAUUCCAAUUAUUGAAUUGAAAAUAAAUUUGCAAACAUUUCAUAAAUUUAUAUCAUUUAUAUGGGAAACAAUGUCUAUUUUAUGUGAUAAAGGAGCGCAAGGUCAAUCUUCGAGCGAAUUGGAUAGUGGUUUUGGCAUUUUUAUAUCAAAGUUAUCAAUUGAAAAAUAUGAAGAAUUUUCAAAUAAUAUUAUUAAUAGAUUAGAAGAAUUACCUUUCUCAACACAAAAAAGUAGCAUGAAUAAAGAUUUGAAAUUUCUCAUACACUUGGUUGAUAUAUUUCUUCGUAGUUCCACACAUGAGCAGCUAUGUUGCUUACAAAGAAAACUUUCUAAUAUACUAGCUAGAUUAUGCAAUUUAGGGGAGAUUAUUGACCAACCACAAAAUGCAAUAUGCAUUUUAACCAUUUUGUCAUUCUUAGUUUCUCGCAGGGUGUUUUCGUUUCGGUCAAUUGAUAUUGGUUUAAUCCUAUCAACCGUGAUUUCAUUAACAUCUUCAAAGACAAACUUUGAAACGGACGAAAAAGGUUAUCAAAAUCUCUUUGAAGAAGUAUGUCACUUACUAUUAAAAAUCUUGAUACAUUGUCGAGAAAUCCUUUACUCAACACUUCCAGCCUAUAUCAUUAUCAUACAAUCGAUGUUUCACUGUUUCAAAUCUCUUGAAGGUAUAAAACAAAAAAGUGAAUUACAAAGUCGUCGAUAUGUAACAAUAUGGGACAUACGUCUCAAGAAUCCAUUACCAAUAUCAAGUGCAAAUUUAUUUACAAGAUUAUUGUCAAUGAUAUCACAAAAAGAUUCAUUAAACAAAUCUUAUAAGAAAAAAGUAAUUUCAACGCGACCGUUUAUUAAACAUGUACCAUGUUUAAUAGCAGAGUAUUUAAAAGUACAGACAGAAGGAUUUUUAGAACCAGCAAUUAAAGAGAGUUUAAGACCAGGUGUUUAUGCACUUUUGGAUUUGUGUGAUAAACGUGAAAGGGAUAUGAUUAUGGUUACUUUGGAUUAUGCUGGGAAAAGUUUGCUUAAAACUUUGUGGACCGAAUAUAAUAAAGAUUGGAAAUAUGUUGGAAGGGGAUAA